GUAGUUUCCAUGUAAAAAUGAGCUGUGUUUCCUACCCUCCACCGCCACUUUCAGAGUGUGCUUGUAGCAGCUAGGAGGCUGCUCAGGUUGCAGCAACAGUCCAAUUUGUCCUGUUAAAUGUUGUUCUAUCACUGAAAUAAUCUUAGAGACAUUAUUUAAAGGUAAAAAAAAACUACAUAGUGUUGCUUUAACAGUAUAGUCUCUAGAAAGUGUCCAUUUUGUGAUGUGAUCUUUUUUGUUACCUAAAGAAUUAUUCAGAAAAUAGUAUCUUCAUUUAUCUGUUGUUUUUUAAUUAUUUUUAUAACCAGUGGAUAAAUAAUGUGUUUUUGAUGAAACGUAUAAAAACAUACCAAAAAUACUUUUUAAAUGACAUUUUUUUUAAAUUAUUGAAUCUGCUCUUUCUAUCAGUGAUGUUGUGUCCUGCUUAGAGUAUGUCAACUUUAUUAUUGCCUUAGUAGGGCAAUUUCUGCUAAUCACAUUAUUUCACUAAAAUUACACUAAACAUUUCACUUUCUCUGUAUGUGUAUGUGAAAUGUCAUCCUACUUCUUCUAUACAAAUGUUAGCUGAAAAUCUAUAUAAAACUUAUAUAGUUCACCCCAAAAUGAAAAUUCUGUCAUCAUUUACUUUUUUCUAAACAUAGUUUCUAUAUUCUAUUGAACACAAAAAAUAUUUUGAUAAAUGCUGGUAAGCACAGAGUUGGCGGUACUAUACCUAUUGACUUUUUAUAGAAGAAUAAACAAAUACUAAGCAAUGGGUACCGUCAUUUAUCAGAAUAUCUUCUUUUCUGUUCAACAGCAGAAUGAAACUCAUACAGGUUUGUAACAACAUGAGGGUGAGUAAAUUAUGACAGCAUAUUUAUUUUUGGGUGAACUAUCACUAACACUUUUUCCACUGUAUCUGCCUGUGUGUGUGUUUUUUGUAUUUGUUAAUGAAUAUAAUAUGCUGGAUAAAUAUUUCUUAUGCAACCUCUGUGGUUAAUGGUGUAGAUAAAACAUUUCUCACAAGUAGGCAAUGUAUGUAUGUGGCUUUCUCAGUAUGUCCUCACUCACGAUCUGUGCCACACUAAUUCCUUCCUUGGCAGAUGCACGUCUGUGAGGAUUAAACCCAGGAUUAUACAGCCUGACAACAAAGACCUAACAACUCAUGCUGCACAACUCUUGCCUGAGGAUAAUGAGAGAAAAUUAGACGACAACAUGCCAAGUGUUAAACACAAGAAAAAGAAAGUCAAAAAAGACAUCAAUGAAGUGGAGGAACCCACAGGGACAGAGCCGGCUUUAGAAAUGGAGGGUGUUGUUGAGAGUCGCAGACAGUCUGAGAGCAAAGAGCCUCUGACUCCUGAGCUUCAGGACAAUCCACCACACAAGAAGAAGAGAAAGAAAAAAUUACAUACUUUAGAGCAUGAGGGUGAACAGCAAGACCUCACAAAUGGAGAUGUUCAAGAGCCCCAAACAGAUGGUGAAGAAGUUACCAAAAAGAGCAAGAAGAAAAGAAAGACUAAGAUGUUGGAGAAUCAGUGCCAUAAUGAGCAAGGUGUUGAGGAAGAUGAUAUCAUCACUGACGUGCACGCACCGAUUUCUCAACGUUCUCUAUUUUCUGCACCUCUGGGUCACAGCCAUUCAAUCGGAAAAGUGUUUGUAGAAAAAAGCAAACGCUUCCAGGCGACCAGUCGUUUGGAUUUAGCCAAUGAGCAGCUGGAGGAGUACAUGGAGGUUAGGCCUAUGUGGAACACAAGAGAUGUUGCCAUGAGGGUCCACAGCGGCUUCAGGAUCAUAGGACUCUUCUCUCAUGGAUUUCUAGCAGGAUACGCGGUGUGGAAUAUUAUUGUUGUGUAUGUGUUAGCCGGAGAGCAGCUGACCACACUUAUCAAUCUUCUCCAGCAGUACCACAGUCUGGCUUACCCAGCGCAGUCUUUGCUUUACCUCCUUUUGGCUGUCAGCACUGUGUCUGCCUUUGACAGGGUAAAUCUGGCCAAAGCCUCCAUGGCUCUUCGAGGAUUUCUCACACUCGAUCCAGCGGCUCUUGCUUCCUUCUUGUACUUUGCUGCUCUUAUUCUGUCUCUAAGCCAGCAGAUGACCAGUGAUCGGAUACAUCUUUACCCCACAGCCAAUGAGACACUUUGGCCUCCAGGUUCCGAACAUCAGAUUUUACAGCCCUGGAUUGUGGUAAACCUGGUUGUAGCCCUCUUGGUCGGACUGGCCUGGGUUUUUGUUGCUACAAGACCAGACAUGGACUACACUGAAGAGUUUCUGAUGGCAAUGGAGGUGGAGGAAUAUCCACGUCAUGAUGAUAAAACUGAGCUUGCAGCUUGAGAUACAAGAUUUUCAUCCAUGAUUCAUGAAUGCUAAGAAAUCAGUAUUGCAUUUGUUAGAGAGUGUCUGUAAAAUAAACAUUGUUUUGUGCUACAGUACACGUUUUGUAUUGUACUUGAUUAUUGAGCAUAAUAUUUGUGUUAACAUUUUUAAGUAAAUGUUUUUGUGCCGUU